AUGUAAGAGUUAACAGAACUUAAGAACUUAGUUAUACAAUCUCUCGAGGCAAAUGGAUCUCUAGCUAAGAUUAGAGCUUAAAUUAGAGCAUCUGUCUUUAAUGUAGUUGAUUAGUAAGAAGGCAAUAGUAAAAAGCCAUCACCAUUUUUCUGGGAAAAUAAUAAAGCUUAAACAAUAUAUGAAUUGGGUUGUGGUCGAGACAUGCUGGAAUUGAUUAAAGAGUUUUUCCUCUUUUUCGACAUGCAUUAUACAAAUUCAAUAUUUUCUAGUGAAAGUAAUUUGAAAGAUGAAAUUAAUAGAGAAUAGAUUGCCAAGAAAUUAAAUAUUGAAGCCAAUGAUACAACAAAGCCAUUAUUAUUUUUCUUAUUAAAGAAUCGACAUUCAGAAAAAUAAUCUGAAGAAAAAGCACCUUAAAAGAAUGCUUAGCCAACCCAAAAAGAAGUCUAGCUAUAGCAGUAGUAGUAAUAACAAUAGCAAAAAUAAUAAUAAGAAUAAAAAUUAUAGGAACAGAAAAAGCAAGAGGAGUUGAGAAAAUAGGAGGAUCAUAAAAGGUAGGAAGAAUAGAGAAAAUAACUUUAAGAAGAAUAAAAGAGACAGGAUGAAUUAAAAAAAUAGUAAGAAGAAUAGAAGAGAUUAGAAGAGUAAAAAAAGGAAUAGCAACGAAAAUAAUAAGAAGAAUAAAAGAAAUAAGAAGAAUUGAAAAAGCAACAAGAACAAUAAAAAUAGGAGUAAUAGAAGUAAGAGUAACAAAAGAAGGAAUAAGAAAAAUUGAAGGAAUAGUAAAAAUAGCAGGAAUUAUUAAAAUAACAAUAAGAAAGAGAAAAAUAAGAGGCAGCUUAAAAAAAACCAUAACAAAAGAAAUUUGAUAAUAGAAAUUUUGAAGAUGAGAAGUAUGAUAACGAAGAUUUUGAGGAAGAAUUAGAGGGAGAAGAUUUGAGGGAUUCGUAAUUGCAAUAAGAUUAGUUUUAAGAAUCGGAUGAAUAUAUGCAACAAUCAUAAUCUUAAGGAAUUGAUAUGACAGUCGAUUCAGCUGCUUUAGAAGAAUUUGAUUACUUUGAGGAGAUUGAAGAGAUGGAUUGA